AUUCCAUUUCUCCCAACCCCAAAACCCAAUGUUUGCUUUAAAGUUUAAACUAUCGAUUACAAAACACAAAUAAAUCUUAUUAAGUCCUCCCAAAAGCAGCGAAUCCUGCGCUUUGUUUAAUGUUUACAUAAAUAAAACUCCAAAUUUCAUUUUCCUCCCUCUCUUAAAGUCAAAAACUCUCAAAUCUCUCUCUCUCUCUAUCUUCUCUUUCUCUAUCUCUUUCAUGGCCGCCACAUUUCCGCCGCUGUAACACAACACCACACCACACCACCAUACUUCUCCAUCUUAUUCUCUCUCCUAACUUUUCAAUGGCAUCUCAUAUUUUGAUCUGAUCUACGUUAUUUUUCCAUCUUUUGGUUGUUCUUCCUCAUUUUAUCGUAGGUUUUUGCAAGAAAUUAUAAUGGUAAGUAAAUGGAGAAAGGCAAAGUUAGCGUUGGGUUGCAUUCAACUCCCGCGCACUCAAGGAGACAAUAAUAGUAAUAAUAUUUUGUCUUCUUCUUCCGCUGCCGACGUUGUUGCUAACAACAACAACAACAACGUUGGCAUCGGCAUCGGCGAAGGCCCUCGGCGUUUCUCUGACGCUGAGGUUUCUCCCGCCGCUGCCGAUUGCCGUCCUCCUUCUCUUUUAACUCCUACUCCUUCUUCCUCUGGCCUCCGCUUCUCUCGAAACUCUUCCAAAUCAUCUAAGAAGAACUGUGCAAUAUGCCUGACUACUAUGAUCCCCGGCCAGGGUCAUGCUAUUUUUACCGCUGAGUGCUCACACUCAUUUCACUUUCAUUGCAUCACCUCUAAUGUGAAGCAUGGCAAUCAUAUAUGCCCAGUUUGCAGAGCAAAGUGGAAAGAAAUUCCCUUCCAAGAUCAAACUCCUGAAGUUCUUCGCAGAAAGCUGAGAUCCAACUCAGUGAAUUGGAACAGAGAUAACCCAUUGGUGGCUGCUUUACAUCAGCUUCCUCUUCCGCAACCAGAUGCUAAUCAGAACAUAUUUCCCACAUACCGUGUUGCUGAACCUGCUGUUACGUUCGACGAUGAUGACCCUAUAGAGGAGCAACACACGUUUAGGGAACAAUCUGCUCAUAAUACUUCUGACAGCUCUAUCAGAAGGGUGGAGAUAAGGGCAUGCCCUGAAGUGUCGGCCAUUGCUAAGUCUGCCUCUUAUGAUAACUUCACAGUGCUGAUACACCUGAAGGCUCCUGUUGCAAGAGUAAGCAAUUAUAAUCCCAGUUCGCCAUCAGGGUCUCAACAUUCUCGGGCCCCAGUUGAUCUAGUUACUGUUCUAGAUGUGAGUGGCAGCAUGGCAGGUACCAAACUUGCAUUGCUUAAACGAGCUAUGGGAUUUGUGAUACAGCACCUUGGCCCCCGUGAUAGGCUCUCGGUCAUUGUGUUUUCUUCUUCAGCCAGGCGUCUCUUUCCCCUUCGCCGGAUGACAGACACUGGAAGACGUCAGGCCCUCCAGGCAGUUAAUUCCCUUUCUUCUAAUGGGGGAACUAAUAUUGCUGAAGGUCUGAAGAAGGGGGCUAAGGUAAUGUUAGAACGAAAGUACAAGAACCCAGUUAGCAGCAUAAUCCUUUUAUCUGAUGGGCAGGACACUUAUACUGUUGUUGGUCUUCCUGGAGUACAAUCAAGGAACGAUUACAAGUCUCUUCUUCCAAAUUCAAUCCAACAGAUUUCAGGAACAAGCUGUCAGAUACCAGUGCAUACGUUUGGGUUUGGUGCAGAUCACGAUUCUGUUUCAAUGCAUUCUAUCUCAGAAGGCUCUGGAGGGACAUUUUCGUUUAUAGAGGCUGAAGGUGUGAUUCAGGAUGCUUUUGCGCAGUGCAUUGGAGGUCUACUGAGUGUGGUUGUACAAGAGCUAAAGUUGGAACUUGAGUGUGUAUACCCUAGUUUGCAACUUGGCUCAAUCAAAGCUGGAAGCUACAACGCUCAGCUGAUGCCUGAUGCAAGAACAGGUCACAUAAAUGUCGGGGAUUUGUAUGCUGAAGAAGAAAGGGAUUUUCUUGUCACAAUGAAUAUUCCUCACACCUCUUUAAGUGAAAUGCCGUUGCUGAAGGUUAGGUGCAAAUAUAACGAUCCAAUCACAAAUGAUAUGGGAAUAUUAAGUGAAGUUGAAGAAGUCAUAAUCAAUAGGCCAGAGACAACGGGGCAUGUAGAGGUUUCCAGAGAGGUGGAUAAGCAGCGUAACAGGCUAAAAGCAGCAGAUGCUAUGUCAGAGGCUAGAUCUGCUGCUGAACAUGGUGAUCUGGCUGGUGCAGUGUCUAUCCUUGAGACUUGUCGGCAGACAUUAUCAGAAAGUGCAUCAGCAGAAGAUCCCCCCUGUGUGGCACUAAUUAAUGAACUAAAGGAGAUGCAAGACAGGAUGUCUAGCCGUCAAGUCUAUGAGGCAUCUGGAAGGGCAUAUGUUUUGUCUGGACUGAGUUCACAUUCAUGGCAGAGAGCAACUGCAAGAGGUGAUACCACAAGUAGCACCAGUCUUUCUCAAUCUUACCAGACCUCUUUCAUGGCUGAUAUGAUUACUCGCUCUCAGACGAUGGUGCUUGGUAGUUUACCGGCUUCACCUCCUGUGAGGCCUCCUCGAUCGCUUUCUGGACGUCCAAGUCCUAGGUAAUUUGCAGCCUAAGCUGAUUUCGAGGUUACUCAUUAUAACUACAAUCUACAUAUAUCCUGUUUUUGUUAUUAAAUUUAUCCUUUAGAUCUUAGUUCUGUUUAGAGCAGGUGGGGAGAGGAAGAAUAGGAAGUGGAGGGUGGUUUCGGAGUUUGUGAAUUGUGGAAAAUGGUGUGGGUAUACCUUGCACAUUGUAAAUGAGUAAAAUAAUAAUGGGAGAGAAAGGGGAAAAUAGUUUUUGAGGAAAAUUUUGGGUGGGAAUGGUAUAGGUGGGUUAUUGGUUUUUUCUUUAAUUGGGUUAGAAUUCUUGGUGUUUUUGUACAUAAAGAGAAAAUGUCAUGUGUUCUCUUUGGGAAGAAGAGAGGGUAUAGCCUUGCAAAUGUAAUAUUGCUUUGGGUAUUGGAGGUUGUUAAAAUUCUUGUCAAAGUGAAUGAAAUAUUCACUCUUGAUUCUUUCCACAUAUUCCUAAAUGCCCAUAUUAUCUGAUUUAUUAUUAUUAA